UGAGAGGGUGCACGGAUGUUCCUCUGCCUGAAGGAAUGCUUUAAGGGAAGCUGGGCCACUCACAAGUUGUUACACAAGAAAGCAAAAGAUGAAAAAGCUAAGCGUGAAGUUUCCUCCUGGAGCCUGGAAGGCGAUGUUAACACAAAUCCCUGGUCUGGUUAUCGAUACACAGGGAAGCUCAGGCCACACUAUCCAUUGACACCAACAAGACCUGUGCCAAGUUAUAUUCAGAGACCAGAUUAUGCUGAUCACCCACUAGGAAUGUCUGAAUCAGAACAAGCUUUAAAAGGAACCUCUCAAAUAAAAAUACUGUCAUCUGAGGAUAUAGAAGGGAUGCGCGUGGUGUGUAGGCUUGCUAGAGAAGUAUUGGAUGUUGCUGCCAUGAUGGUGAAACCAGGAGUAACUACUGAAGAAAUUGAUCAUGCUGUCCAUUUAGCUUGUAUUGCAAGGAAUUGUUAUCCUUCCCCUUUGAAUUAUUAUAAUUUCCCCAAGUCAUGUUGUACGUCAGUGAAUGAAGUGAUCUGUCAUGGAAUUCCUGACAGGAGGCCGUUGCAGGAGGGAGAUAUUGUUAAUGUGGAUAUCACCGUCUAUCGCAAUGGCUACCACGGAGAUCUGAACGAGACAUUUUAUGUUGGGGAGGUGGACGAGGGUGCCAGGAGGCUUGUCCAAACAACUUAUGAGUGCCUAAUGCAAGCCAUCGAUGCAGUAAAACCUGGUGUUCGGUACAGAGAACUGGGGAACAUAAUUCAGAAACAUGCUCAAGCAAAUGGAUUUUCAGUGGUUCGGAGCUACUGUGGGCAUGGAAUCCAUAAACUUUUCCAUACAGCUCCUAACGUGCCCCAUUAUGCCAAAAACAAGGCAGUUGGAGUCAUGAAGCCAGGUCAUGUAUUUACAAUUGAACCAAUGAUCUGUGAAGGUGGCUGGCAGGACGAGACCUGGCCCGACGGUUGGACUGCGGUGACGAGGGACGGGAAGCGCUCGGCACAGUUUGAACACACACUGCUGGUCACAGACACGGGCUGUGAGAUCCUGACCCGGCGCCUGGACAGCAUUCGCCCCCACUUCAUGACCCAGUGAUAGUCCACACUGAGCAGGUGCAUCAGAAUGAGAAAUACAUAAAUAUUUUUUGCCCCUGUACUAUGCAUUUUUUUAAGAGUACAGAAUAGAAAGAUUUCACCAUUUACUUUGUUCUCAGUGAUUGUAGAUAAGAGGAAUAUCUCCAAGAACCUGACCUAAUGUCUGCAAAAGCAGAGAAUUUAAAGAAUUUCCUGCUUUCCUCCUACCUACAACACUCACGCUGUACUUUCCUUUUUUCUUCAAUUAUCUCUUUAGCACCUUUCUUCCAAUUAGGCCCACAAUUGCUUCUGUUGCUACCAUGAUAUUAGCUAGAAAAGCGUGGGUAAGCUUUCCCACUGGGACUUGAUAUUUUGGGAUCCAGGUUUUUUCACCAUUUCAGUGUGCCCUAUCACUCUUUCUUUGUGAGUGGCACCUGAGAUUUUACGCAUUUCUUAUUCCAAAGACUUGCUCUUGCUUCUGCAGAUACUAUUCUGGGCCUUGUUUGUUUAUCAGUUGAGAAGGGGGCAGAAGGGAGAACGACACGCCACGUACAAGAGCGGGCUACCUUUAAAUCUGCCCCCAUCUCUGCUGGUGGCUUCUGUAGUGAUUGCCACUGUGGGUGGUACACUGUGUUAAUGGCAGGACUUGUUUUUCUUGCUGGAGAUUUGAUAGGAUGGGAAGUUAACAAAGUCUGUCUUAUAUGCAGCUCCCUGGAAUAAACUGCUUUUUGGCGAAGCAGUACUUGCAGGUAGCCUCCUACACCAAAAGCUUGGUGAAACUGAUGUAUCAGACUUGCCUAGAUAAAAGGAAUGAAACAAGAACCAAAAAGAUCCCAUGAUUCAUGGGAUCCCUACAUGUGGUAGCUGUGGGGAAUUUUUUAAAAGUACAUCCACAGUAGUUGUGGGAGAUUGGAUUUGCAAGACUUACAGUGAAGUAUCUCAGAACAAGUCUGAGUGUGUGAAAAUGAAACAUGUCCAACACUG